CGGGAAUCGCCCGCCACCCAGCUCCAUCCGGAGAGCGUGGUCCCACAUCAGCGUCAACUGAUGCUGGCCGCUUUGAAACUUGCGAUACAGCGUCGUGGCACCGCGGUGGCCACUAGACUGUAACCUUGCAGCAAACGAUCUAGGAUUGCUAUAAGGUCAGUUUACUAUUGCUCCGCAGCCCCCUGCACCCCGGGGCGCAUCGGUCAGGUGCAAGCAACUAGGGCAAUGUUUGUUUAGUUUAAUGAUGAUGGCUGCAUCCUAGCAGUCAGCCUCCUGUAUGGAUAUUUGGUUGCAAAUAAUUUUUCGUUCUGUUUUUUUUUUAUUAUUUUGUUUGUUUGCACUCGUCUGUUUUGCGCGCUUUUCUUUAUAUUCUUUCCUAAUUUCGUCCAGGAGCAUGGAAACGGAUUUACUUUCACUGGCCGCAUCUGUUUCGUCUAAAAGGGCGAGCUUUGCUGGAGCAGCUUCAGAAUGGAAGUCGAGUGUUCCCUGUGUCUGCUGGGACCGUCGCUCAGUGAAUUCGGUGUCAGAAUGCAAACCACUGGUGCACAGCCAGAUGAGCUGUCAUUAACACACAGGAAAAAUCUAUACUCUUCAGAUGUCUUUGAUGACUCAGUGAUGGAAUAUUGAUGAAGCUUAUUCUGUGGGGAAAUAUGCUUCCUCUACCUACUUUUUUUCUUUUCUUUUGUUUUAUUUUAUACAUAUUCCUCUAUUUACCCUCCACCCACGCCCAGUUCCUAUCCACACCUAGGGCAGGACAAGGCCUGCUGCUCUUCACGCAGCCAGCCUAUAAUGCUUCAAUCUUUGAGAACUCGGCAGCAAGAACCUAUAUCAGAAGCGAGGUCAAAAUGGGCAUCGCUCUUGUGCCAUCCUGGCCUCUAGACUUGAAAUAUUCUAUUGAGUCGGGGGACAGCGACGGCAUCUUUCAAGCGGAGGAGUUUGUGAUGGGAGAUUUUUGUUUCCUGCGAAUAAGCACCAACGGAGGCAGCAGCGCCACGCUGAAUCGGGAGGUGCAGGACAAUUACACGCUGACAGUCAAGGCGUCUGCCCAUAGCGGCCUGGAGGCCUUAGCCACUAUAUUUAUCAAGGUCUUGGAUACAAAUGACCUCCGACCACUCUUUUCUCCAACCUUCUAUUCGUUUGUCGUUUCUGAAAGUGCCCCCCUGGGCACCAGCAUUGGACGAGUAACUGCCACAGAUGCUGACAUUGGCUCCAACGGGGAGUUCUACUACUUCUUCAAGAACAGAAUCGAGCUCUUUGCCGUUCAUCCAACCAGUGGGGUCGUAACCCUCACAGGUCGACCCAGGAUAGACAAAAAAGAAAGAUUUGAGCUGGAGGUGCAGGUGGUUGACAGAGGCAUGAAGCUCUAUGGGAAUAAUGGGAUCAGCAGCACCGCUCGGCUGGUCUUAACUGUGGACAGGGUUAAUGAAUUUGCUCCUGUUCUCAGUGCAGUAGCAGUCAUUCCAUCAGUGAUAGACAAGGACCUCAUCUAUGCCAUACUGACCGUGGAGGAUAAAGAUGAGGGAUUAUCCGGGGACAUAGAAUGGGUGUCCAUUAUCGAAGGAGACCCCUUUGAGCAGUUUGUCAUUGAGAGAUCAGCCUUUGGGAACAAAUAUAGGGUUAAAACAUCGGAGCUGAUCAACUGGGAAACAUAUCCCUAUGGCUGCAACUUAACUUUCCAGGCCAAAGACAGAGGUGUACCUCCAAAAUAUUCAAAUACCCAAGUUGUUCAGUUGGUGGUUACAAAGCAGGAACCGGUAAUGGGCAACUUUGAGAAAGAUGUUUAUACAGUCAAGGUGAGUGAAAUAGCUCCUCCGGGCACUAUUGUAGAGGUGGUGAAAAUUUCUCCAGCUCCUCUGAGUGUCAAUUACAGUUUCAGUAGCCUCUCCGAUCCAAUGUACUUUGAUAUAAACCCUUUGACUGGAGUUAUUAUGACCACAAGGCAGCUGACAAAGAUAUCCCAGGAGUUCAUGGAAAUAGAGGUAGUUGAUUGUAUCAGUCAGCAGCAAGCAAGGGUUCAAAUUAACAUAGAGGAUGCAAAUGAUAACUUUCCAGUGUUCAGCCAGCCGUCCUAUUAUAUUGCAAUUAAUGAGAGCUUACCCAUAGGGACCGUUGUUCUUGCGGUGUCCGCUUCGGACAGUGAUAAACGAGAAAAUGGAUAUGUAACUCACACAAUCAAUGGUGAGGAGUCUAUUCCGUUUAGUAUAGACCAGGAGACAGGGGAGCUAAGGAUCACCAGAGAUCUAGACUUUGAGUCGUCAGAGGAUAUCUAUUUUUUUGCAGUGCGAGCCUCUGACUGGGGUUCGCCCUACAGAAGAGAAACAGAGGUUAAUGUCACCAUCCGGGUGGUAAACAUCAAUGAUAAUAAGCCUGCUUUUGAGAAGAUUUCUUGCAGAGGCAUGAUAAGCCGAGACUUUCCGGUCAACCAGACCAUUGUCACUUUGUCAGCCAUAGAUAUCGAUGAGGUUGGGAUGGUCAGGUACAAGAUACUGUCAGGGAAUGAGUUAGACAAUUUUGAAUUAAACCCCGACUCGGGGGCUUUGACACUGAAAAGAUCAUUUGUAUCAGACAGUUUAAAAAAUUCGAUAUUCAACCUGAAAGUGGCUGCAACAGAUGGAGAGUUGUUCUCUGAUCCUACAUUUGUGAAUAUUUCAGUUGUGAGAGGCAGGAUGCCACCCGGCGGGUUCACCUGCAAGGAGACCAGGGUAGCUCAGUUUCUUGCAGAGAAAAUGGUCUCCAAGGCAUCUUCAAUGGCAAAACCACGAUCGGAUGACCGAUACUUAGACCUCUUCUCUACGAACAAACAAGCUCCCCAGUUUGAAGCUUUGCCUACAAGCAUCCUUGUGAGAGAGGAUCUGAGUCCUGGCUCCAGUGUUUUUCAGGUGCGAGCACGAGAUGGUGACAUCGGUUUUAAUGGCCAUGUCCUUUUUUCCAUUUACGAUGGCAACAAAGAAAACAGCUUCAAUAUCAACAUGGAGAGCGGCCUAAUAACAGUUCUGCAACCGCUUGAUCGCGAACGACAGGAUCGUUAUUUCCUAAAUAUUACCAUCUAUGAUCAGGGAAUUCCUCAGAUGUCCAACUGGAGGCUGCUGACAGUGAUCAUUGAGGACGCAAAUGACAAUAAUCCCCAAUUCUAUCAGGACACCUACUCUGCCAUUGUUUUAGAAAAUGCAGACCUUGGCAUGGAGGUUAUUACAAUUACUGCUUUUGACAGGGAUAUAGGCCAGAACGGACUAUUCUCCUUUAGAAUGCUGACCAACGUCCCGCAGUUUGGUAUCGACAGUGAAACUGGAAGUGUAUUUGUGGCAAGUCAGCUGGACAGAGAAGAAUACCCUGUGUUCAUAUUGAAGAUUGAAGUGAGAGACAAGGCCGAAAGAGGCACUCGAAGGUCAUCAGUGACUACGCUAAACAUAAUAGUGGAGGACAUCAAUGAUUGCUUGCCAGCUUUCAUCCCCAGCAGCUAUAGUGCCCGGGUGCCGGAGGACCUGCCCCCAGGGACCGUGAUUACAUGGUUGCAGGCUCAGGACCCAGAUCUUGGACCUGGCGGACAAGUACGAUAUUCCUUGAUCAGUGACUUCAAUGGCACUUUCGAGAUCAGUGCUGUGACCGGUAUACUGAGGAUUAGCAAGGAGCUGGACUUUGAGACUAAGCAGUUUUUUAACCUGAGCGUUGUUGCUGAAGACCGAGGGAUACCAAGUCUUCGGAGUGUCACAUUUGUGGAGAUUGAGGUGGCGGACGUCAAUGAAAAUCUUUAUGCCCCCUACUUCCUUGACUUUGCCGUGAAAGGCUCAGUGAAGGAGAACUCUCGCACAGGAACAAGUGUCCUGACAGUCCGAGCCAAAGACGACGACAGGGGACGAGAUGGCGUGUUGAGGUACUCGGUCCAGGGAGGCAGCGGACUGGGCACUUUCACCAUCGACGAAGACACAGGGGUGAUUUAUACUGCUGGCAACUUGGAUUGUGAAACCAAAAACUCCUACUGGCUCACUGUGUAUGCCACAGAUAGAGGGGCUGCACCCAUGUCAGCUUCGGUUGAAGUCUUCAUUCAGGUUGAAGAUGUCAAUGACAAUGCUCCACUCACCUCAGACCCUAUAUACCACCCAGUCAUCAAGGAGAACUCUCCGAAGGAUGUGUCUGUAAUUCGUAUUCAAGCACAGGACCCUGACCUGACAGCAACACCCACCCGUUUGAGUUACCGCAUCUCUGCUGGGAAUCCACAGAAUUUCUUCUCCAUUAACCCAAAAACAGGUCUGAUUACGACCACUGCGAGGAAACUGGACAGAGAGCAUCAGGCAGAGCACUUUUUAGAGGUCACAGUAAUCGACGGCCCGGUGACGACCCGCCAGAGCACCGUUUGGGUCAUAGUCCACAUCGACGAUGAAAACGACAACGCACCCACCUUCCCGGAGGUCACUUACCGCAUCAGCUUGCCUGAACGGGACCGAAACAAACGGGGCGAACCUGUGUAUCGGGUCUUUGCCUACGACCGUGACUUGGGAGCGAAUGGGAACAUCACCUACAGCAUUCUCGAUGGGAAUGGGGAUGAAAAGUUCAGCAUUGACCCCAGGACUGGUUUAGUGUCCUCAAAGAAGAUGGUCACAGCAGGCAGCUAUGACAUCCUCACUAUAAAAGCUGAGGACAGUGGUGUUCCACUGUUAUGGUCUACUGUCAAACUCCAUGUCGAAUGGAUUCGCAAACCUGUCCCCUCGCCCAUGCCCCUGCUCUUCACCCAGAGGUCCUACAAUUUCUCACUUGCAGAGACAACUGCAGUUGCUCAGCCGGUGGGAGUGGUGGCAAUCAGUCAGUCAGCCACGCCUGUCUGGUUUAGUAUUGUUGGCGGCCGGCUUGCCAGAGAAAUGUUCUACAUUCCACAGAAUGAGUGCGGACGAAACUGCUCUCUCGACACAGGAAGCUUUGACAUGCAGUUCGACCUUCAAGUCGGGGUGGGGACCCUUGUCGUAGCCAAGCCCCUGGAUGCAGAAGUUCAGUCGGUGUACAACAUGACUGUACAGGUGACAGAUGGGACCAACUUUGCAACAACACAGGUAUUCAUACGAGUACAAGACAGCAACGACAACCCUCCGGUCUUUUCACAGCCAACUUAUGAUGUCAGUGUUUCUGAGGAUGCGCCAUCCGACUUUGAGCUGCUGCGGCUCAGGGCGUCGGACAUGGACGAGCGCGCCCGUUUGAGCUUUUCUAUCCACGGCAGCGUCGACCCCGCGAGUAUGAGACUGUUCAGGGUCAACCCUGGCACAGGGGUUGUUUACACCGCGGACAGACUGGACUAUGAGUCCAGAACUCAGCACAUCCUUACUAUUAUGGUUAAGGAUCAGGAGUUUCCAUUUAACCGUGACCUGGCUCGAAUCCUUGUAGCGGUGGAGGAUACUAAUGACAACGUCCCGUACUUUCCAAACACCGUUUACGAUGCUGUAGCCUAUGAGACUUUUCCUGUAGGUACUUCAGUGGUGAAGGUCACAGCACUUGACAAAGACAAUGGAAUUAAUGGACAACUCACAUAUACUAUUGAAGCAGGAAACACAGGGGGUGUGUUUGCUGUAAAUGAUACCACAGGCCUUAUCUUCAUUGCAAAGGACCUGGACGUCACCUCUGUGGGCUUCUACACCCUAACUGUGCGGGCCAUGGACAGCGGCUUUCCUCCAUUAAUGGCCACAGCUUCAGUCCGAAUUUCCAUGAUGCUCUCCGACUUCUCCAAACCUAAAUUUGCUCAAAAGGAGUAUCAGGCUGAGAUAAUGGAGAACAGCAAAGUAGGAACAUAUGUGACCACAGUCAAAGCUCUGAGUCGCUCACCACUAAUCUAUGACAUCAUCAGAGGCAACGAGGAGCGCUGCUUCUUUAUUAACCAUCACACCGGCGUAAUUACAACUCGUAAACCGCUUGACUUUGAGCAAAUAGCAUCGUUCUUUCUGAUGGUGCGUGUCCUGAGUAUGGCAGGACUGGAGGCCAGCACCAGCGUCGUCAUCCAAGUGGUGGAUGUCAAUGAUUGUUCACCUGAAUUUCAGCAAAUCAGGUAUAUGGGCACAGUUAGUGAAGCUGCUCCAGUCAACAGUGUUGUCCUGGGAGAGGACAAUAACCCCUUGGUUAUCCAGGCCACAGAUAAGGAUCGCAAUCACAAUGCCCUGUUAGUGUUCCAUAUCAUAGAAGAGACUGCUCGUAUGUAUUUCAGUGUGGACUCUGGAACAGGAUCUAUUCGAACCAUCGCCAGUUUGGACUACGAAACCUAUCCCGAGUUCAACUUUCGGGUUCACGUUGAAGACAGUGGUCAACCAUCUAAGAGUGCAGACGCUCCGGCAGAGGUGACAAUAAAGGUGAUCAACAUCAACGACUCACCCCCAAAGUUUUCUCAGGACAUUUACGAGACAGUCCUUCUGCUGCCGACAUAUGUGGGAGUUGAAGUCCUCCGGGUUGAGGCUUUAGACCCUGAUAUGAGUACUGACCAAAAAAAAUCUGUCACGCCCAAGCUAGCCUAUUCCCUGUUGGACAACAGUGUGGAGUACUUUACAGUGCAGCGCUAUACUGGAGUUGUGACUGUCACCAACCCGAACCUCAGCAAAGAUCGUUAUCGCUUCAGUGUAAAGGUCUGGGAUGGACGUUUUUCCAGCACUGCGUCCAUCACGGUGCUCGUGAGAGAAGCAGUCGACAGCGGCCUUCUCUUCACCCGCCCCGUGUAUUCGGCCUCCAUCCCAGAGAACAAAGCCAAUGUGACGUUAGUGACUGUUGUAAACACAGUCGGCCAUCGCCUCAACGAGCCACUGAAGUACACUCUGCUAAACCCUGGUGGACGGUUCACCAUCCGACCUACGUGUGGAGUGGUGCUCACCACCGGGGUGCCUUUUGACCGCGAGGAAAUGGAAAGCUACGAGCUGGUGGUGGAAGUCAGCAGAGAAGAUGAGAUUCUAAGAGUGGCGAGGGUGACUGUGCAAGUACAGGUUGAAGACAUGAAUGACAACGCUCCAGAGUUUGUGAACCUGCCCUACUAUGCAGCAGUGCAGGUGGAAGCAGAGCCAGAAUCCGCCAUCUUCAGGGUCUCCGCUGUUGAUCGAGACUUUGACCUGAAUGGAGAAGUAACGUACAGCAUAAAGACACAGCACAAGAACUUUGAGGUGAAUCCGAUGACAGGAGAGCUGGUCUUAAAAAGAGCUUUUGAAGCAGACCUAUCCAAUGCAGAGUACAGGUUGAUUAUCAUUGCGACUGAUGCUGGAUCCCCUCGACUGUCCAGCGAGGUGGAGCUGCCAGUUACAGUCGUAAACAAAGCCAUGCCUGUGUUUGACAAGCCUUUCUACGGCGUAACAGUCAGAGAGGAUGUGGAAGUGUCUACAUCCGUUCUGGGCAUCAAUGCAAGCAGCCCAGAGGGCCAGGACAUCAUCUUCACCAUCACGGACGGGGACCCCUCCUUUCAGUUUGACAUCGGCUUCGAUACGGGAAUCAUCAGCGUGAGAUACCAGUUAGACUAUGAGACCACGCAGUACUACCGCCUGACAGUGAAAGCUACAGAUACCUUGACAGGGGCAAAGUCUGAAGUUGAUGUAGACAUCGUGGUACUGGAUGUGAACGACAACCCACCACUUUUUCAGAACGCCUCGUACUCCGCUGUCCUGUCUGAGAACUCCAUGAUUGGAACAUCUGUGCUACAGGUCUUUGCGCCAGACCAGGACUCGGAGAACAACGGCGUAGUGACUUACCAGAUCCUGUCUGACAUCUACAACAGCACGGACUACUUCCAAAUUGACAGCAGCAGGGGAUUGGUAUUCACAUCACGCAUGCUUGACUAUGAGCUCAUGCAGCGCCACAACUUCAUUGUCAGGGCGACAGACAGUGGAGAUCCUGCCCUCAGCACUGAUGUUAGUGUCACUGUGGUUGUAACUGACACAAACGACAACCCCCCUAAUUUCAGCCAAGCGGUGUACGAGGCUUUUGUCAGCGACCUGGCUCCCAGAGGGCACUUUGUGACUUGCCUACAGGCGUCAGAUGCUGACAUUUGUGAUGCUCAGAGGCUGAGGUAUAGUAUUCUCUCAGGCAAUGAGAAAAUGACUUUCAUGAUGGAACCAGAUACAGGGGUGCUUCGUCUGUCUAACAAGAGGAGACAAGGCAUGAAACUCUUCUAUCAACUCAAUGUGUCUGUGUCAGAUGGAGUCUUCACCAAUACUGCCCAGGUAACGGUACGCGUCCUGGGGGCCAAUCUGUACAGCCCGGUAUUCAGUCAGAGGUUUUACCUGGCUGAAGUUCUGGAAAAUUCACCUCCAGGAACUAAAGUCAUCCAAGUUUCAGCAACAGAUGAGGACUCUGGGUUGAAUGGUCAAAUAACCUACUCGUUCAUCAAUGACCUUGGGAAAAGCAAGUUCAACAUCGAUGCAGACGGAGUCAUAUCCGCGCUUCAGAAACUGGACCGAGAAAAUCCUAUGAACAAAGACAUGGUGCUGACAGUAAUGGCGUUGGAUGGGGGAGGCCGUGCAUCAUUUUGCUCUGUGCGAGUGGUCCUGGCAGACGAAAAUGACAACGCCCCACAGUUCAGAGCCACAGAGUACCGUUUGAGCAUUAAAGCUAAUGUUGCCAAAGGUUCUCUUGUCACACAGAUUCAGGCCACUGACCCUGAUGCCGGCUCUAAUGGAAGGAUAACCUACUCCCUUUAUAGUGAGGCCCGUCUGUCACUGGUUGAUGUUCUGGAGGUGGAGCCAGACAGCGGUUGGAUGAUGACUAAGAGCGCUGUCGACCACCUUCAAGGAACAGUCCUGUCCUUCUUCGUCAAAGCCACGGACUGCGGCUCCACUCCCAAGCACUCCUUGGUGUCAGCCUUCAUUCAAGUCGUCCCCCCAGAUUCUUUCAUCCCCUCGUUUAGCCAGCCUCAGUAUUCCUUCACCAUUCCCGAGAACACCGCAGUAGGAACGGUGCUGGGCUCCGUGUACACGGGCCCUGGUCAGACCGGGUUCUUCGCCGCUGUCCCCGGAGAGACAAUCGACAGCAACCAGGGGGCAACCUUUCAGGUGGAGAAAGAGACAGGUCUCAUCCGCCUGCUGAAGCCAUUAGACUACGAGGAAGUCAGCAGCUUCAGGUUUAAGGUUGCAACGACGGCAAGAAAAGACUUGAUCGAGACCAUGUCGACCGUGGACCUGGAAGUUAAGAUACUAGAUGUGAAUGACAACAAGCCAGAGUUUGAAACCAAUACCUAUGUAGCCACAGUGAUGGAAGGAAUGCCAUCAGGGACAAGAGUGAUUCAAGUGCGUGCUCUUGAUCCAGACUGGGGCUCUAAUGGACAGGUAACUUACAGCCUUGGACUACUGCUCACCUACAAUCCGGACCUAGUGAAGGAGGAUUUGUCCCUCGCCGGCCCAAUCACCACCGGUUCUAUUUUUGCCAUCGAUAGUAAAACGGGCUGGAUCACCACUGUGGCUGAGAUAGACCACGAGACCUGCUCCAGUUACAGCUUCGAAGUAGUGGCCUCUGAUCUGGCUGAGUCACAGCCUCUCUCCUCCACCACGGUGGUAACCAUCACCGUGUCGGACGUUAAUGACAACCCGCCGAGGUUCGAGAGGGAGUUCUACAGAGGUGCCGUGAAGGAGAGCGAUCCGCUCGGUGAAGUCGUGGCUGUUCUAAGAACCAAAGACCGGGAUGGCACCGAUCAAAACCGCCUUGUCAGCUUUUACAUUACAGGGGGAAAUCAGCGAGGAGUGUUUGGGCUCACUCUUGUGCAGGGGGAGUGGAAGGUUUAUGUUAGUGGCCUGCUGGAUCGUGAGCAGCAGGACUGGUAUCUGCUCAACAUCACAGCCAGUGAUGGUCUGUAUGUCGCUCAUACAGCAGUGGAGGUAACCGUGAUGGAUGCCAAUGACAACAGUCCCAUAUGCAACCAGGCUGUGUAUGGUGCCUCUUUUCCUGAGGACAUUCCAGUUAACAAGGGCAUUCUGACGGUUGGUGCAACAGAUGCUGACUCAGGCUCCAGUGCUGAGAUCCAGUAUUCACUGUUUGGCAUUGGAGUGGAAGAUUUCUAUAUGGAUGCCAACACUGGUGAAUUGCGAACUGCCACCGUGAUGGACAGAGAAACAACACUCUCCUACAAACUCAUUGCUCAGGCUACCGAUGGGGGAGGGCUGUUCUGUCGAUCUGACAUUUCUCUCAAAGUGAUGGACGUGAAUGACAAUGCCCCCGCAUUCUCGACAACUCAUUACCUGGCCAGUGUGUAUGAGAAUGCCUCCCCCAAGGCCUUGCUUACUCGCCUGCAAGCCAGUGACCCUGAUGAAGGUCUGAACCGUACAGUUGUCUAUUCUCUGGUGGAUUCAUUUGAUGGGAUAUUUUCCAUUGAUCCGGUUACUGGAAUAGUGAUCCUGGAGAGACUCCUGGACAGAGAGAGCCGGGAUUCCUACCGCAUUCGUGUUCAGGCUACAGAUCGGGCCGGCCAAGCAGGGGCGCUGUCCUCACAGGUUGAUUUGACCAUUUUGGUCCUGGAUGUGAAUGACAAUGCUCCAGUUUUCCAGAGAAGAGACUAUGCUGUCACCGUCCCCGAGGAUGUCGCUGUGGGAACCGAGGUGCUGCGCGUGCUGGCAACGAGCGCCGACAUUGGGCCUAAUGCUGAGAUCACUUACAUGUUCAGGUCCGGCAACGAGUUGGGAAAGUUCAGCAUAGACAGAAAACUGGGCUCAAUUUCAGUGGCUGAUGACUUGGACUUUGAGGUAUGCAAGGACUUCUACAUCACUGUGGAGGCCUGGGACAAUGGGAACCCUCCUCUUAGCACCGCUACGAUGAUUGUCAUCGAACUCAUGGAUGUCAAUGACAACGCUCCGAUGUUCGAUCAGGACAUCUACAAUGUUCUGAUCAGCGAGGAUGCAUCUAUUGGGCAGACCGUCACAAGGGUGUUUGCCGAAGACCUGGACAGCCAAGUGAACGGAAGAAUUACCUACUCAAUUCUGAAAGGCGAUCGAACCAACCACUUCUGGAUUGAUCCUGUGACAGGACUGCUUAAAGUCAAUAAGAGACUUGACAGAGAACUAGUAUCCAGGUACACUUUAUCUGUACAGGCCUUUGACAGCGGCUCUCCUGCCAUGUCCUCCACCGUCGCCGUUAACAUCGACAUCUCUGAUGUUAACGACAACCCCCCUGUCUUCACCCCUCCCAACUCCACAGCCAUUAUACAGCUUAACCAGGCUGCUGGCACCACUUUGCUGACGCUGUCAGUCAGUGAUAAAGACUCCCCUAGAAAUGGUGCUCCCUUUGUGUUUCGCAUAGUGGCAGGAAAUGAAGGUAGUUUCUUUCGUUUGGACCAGACUGGAUCUCUAAAGUCCAACCGUGUGUUUGGUCCUGAAGCACCCAGAGAAUUCAUACUUGAAAUUCAGGCGAGUGACUCGGGUAAGCCGAGUCUUACCUCUUCUUCCUGGGUGUUUCUGAGAGUCAUCGGGAACAGUCAGUACAAACCCAUGGUCUCCCCCCUGGAGAUCUACAUCGCCAUGGCUACGGAUACGUUCCCGGGCGGUCCGGUCGGUCAGAUCUAUGCCACAGACCGCGACCCCAACGACGUCCUGUCGUUUACCCACAAGCCUCAGCCAAAGAGCAUGUUUAAGAUCAACAGACAAGAUGGCAGCGUUGUAGCUCUGCCAGGCCUGGAACCCGGGAGAUACCAAAUGAACGCGACGGUCAGUGAUGGACGAUUUGCUGUCAUAGCUGACGUGUCUGUCCAGGUUGAACAGGUGACGGAGGUUUUGCUGCGGAGUGCCCUGACCUUGCGUUUCAGCUCCGUCUCGUGGGAGGAAUUACUGGGACGGUACCUGAACCAGAUCAAAGUAACUAUACGGGCGAUCGCUGGCUGGAAAUGGUUACCGGGCCAGCAGGAUCCUCUCCACAUACUUGGCGUGCAGCCAGUGACGGGGACGUCUGAUAUCAGUCUGAUUCUGGCAGUGGAGAGACCCGAGACUUUAGGCGGUGGACGGAUGGAGGGGUUCUACUCUCAGCAGGAGCUGGCAGCGAAGCUGGAGGAAGCAGCAGCACGGGGUCAGAUGCGGGGGGCCCUCGCUGGAGCGGUUUUGGUCGGCGGCGCCUGUUCUGGGAAGCUGGAUUGUGGGGACCGGGUGUGUAAAAACAUGCUGGUGAUGGAGGGCGGUUCGCCUGUCACCUACAACACAGAGAGGAUCAGCUUGGUGUUGCCCAGGUUCGGACGCACAGAGACUUGCACUUGUCCAGGGGGGACGUGUCCAACCCCUGUAGAACUUUGUGAAGGACAGUCUUGUCCAGAAGACAUGCAGUGCGUCCUUUCUGGUCCAACAACGCCAUCUGUCUGCCAGUGUCAGCCUGAGAGAUUGGAUGAGUGUGCAGGUCAGACAUCGCUGAGUUUCUCUGGAAACAGCUACAUCAAGUACAGAGUGACAGAGAGGCUCCAGAGUGGAGAGAUGAGGCUAGGCCUCAGGGUUAGAACACUUCAAAGAAGAGGAGUCAUUAUGUUCACUCGUGUUAACCCUUGCACUAUGCUAAAGAUCGAGGGGGGUCGGCUGUGGUUCCAGCUGGACUGCGACAACACCCUCGGCAUUAUGGGCAUCUCGGACAGACCAAUAAAUGACGGCCUAUGGCAUUCAGUUGCUCUAGAGCUGACCAGAAACUACACCCUUCUGUCAGUGGAUGACAGCUAUGUGGAACGUCGCAGAGCAGCACGGGCCCCUGUCCGUCUCUGGCCAAUAGCUCCUGAUUCCUCGUUUUUCUUCGGGGCACAAGUGAGGCUGCAGAGCGGGCCAGGUGAGAGGCCCAUUUUUGGACCCGAGGAGAGCAUGGGAGGAGGGCCAGAACUCAGAGAGCGUUCAGUGAGCGGCGCCGCGAGAGCCCAGGACGGCUUCCAAGGUUGCCUGGGGUCGCUGAUGCUGAACGGUAAUGAGCUGCCCCUCCAAAAUAAGAGGAGCCGUUACGCCGAGAUAGCCGGGCUCAGCGAGGUCAAGCUGGGCUGUGUUCUUUAUCCAGAUCCGUGCAUCAGCCAGCCAUGUCUCAAUGGAGCCAUCUGCAGCAGCCUGCCAUUUGGAGGCUUCAUGUGCAGUUGCAGCAGUGGAUUCACUGGGGGGCGCUGUGAAGUUGAACUAACAUCUUGCAUGCCAAACCCAUGCCAGAAUGGUGGAGAAUGCAAGGCUGUUGGCAACGCAUUCCUCUGUGGCUGUCCGAGAGGACUCAGGGGACUUAUAUGUGACGAGGAUGUAAACGAGUGCGACCAGGACAACUGUGGCAGCAGAGGAGAGUGUGUCAACACGUUCGGUUCGUUCUAUUGCAACUGCUCAGAUGGAUACGACGACCAGUUCUGUGACGACCAGGUCCCUGAGGAUGACAUGCAGGCCGAGCCGCUGUCUUAUGUUGGACCAGGGGAAUUAAUAGGCAUCGGAGUGCUUGCCUUUGUCAUCAUUUUCCUCCUCAUACUCUUCAUCGCCUUCAGGAAGAAAAUCAAAUUCCGGAAAGACUCUGACCCAGGUCCGGGGACUCAGGCUGCUCUGGGCAUCUCGACUGUUUCCUCAGAAGCAAGCUACAUGCUACACAAGACUGGAAUGGGGAUCGAGGGGAUUGAGUUUAAAGCCGUGCGUGUGCCAGGCUCACAGGCGUCCACGGGGACUUAUGGUGAGGUUGGAGGCUGCAGUGGAGGUCCUCCCCAGGUCAUGGUGCGUCCUACUGCCCACUCAGUCCCUCCAGGAACCGACAGGACCACUUCCAGUGAAAGCAGUCAGAUGAGCACCUUCCUCUCAGACAUGUCUAAUGUCCGGGGUAUGGCUAACAGGAGAGGCAUUGCAGUGUGCAGCGUGGCACCCAAUCUCCCCUCGGCAUCGGCCCAUCGCCCAGAGCACAAUCCAGCCCACAAAGUGUCAUGGGAGGGCAAAGAAACCAGAGAGAAAGGCCUGGAGAGGCACAGAGACGAGAGGGAGGAAGAGUGGGGGCAGAGGGCUUUUGAGCUGGAGAGGACCCAGAGGGAUAACAGUCCGCAGGAGCUGGUGGAGGAAGAAGUGGCAUGUCUCUCAGACUCCACCUCUGAAGAGCGCUCCCUCAGUUCCUACACCUCUGAGUCGGUUGAUGACAAUGCAUCCAUAGUCACAGUCAUACGUCUAGUCAAUGAUGCUGUUGAUGAUAUUGAAAGUGAAGUGUCAAACAUGGACAAAGAGCAGCAGUGGAACAGCCCGGCAAGGCACCACCUGCAGAGCAAGGAUGAGAUUUGUUUAGAGUUCAUCAAAGAGUACACUUUGGAUUCAUACCAGUGGGAGACUUCCUUUCAAAGUCUGAGCUGGCUGUCACCGUCGCGGCUACAUCCGCCAGAGGUGGGUUCCCAUUGCAACCUCGGUGACGCCCAGCAGAACAUCAGACGUGGAGGCAGCACACGCUCUCUCCAGCUCGACUCCCGAAUGAUGAGCUGUAGUGGUGACAGAGGCCACGAAUGGGACCCGGAGAACAGGCGGAGGACCUUCCAGUGGGAGAGGAAUCAGUCCGGCGAGUGGGAGAGGAGACACACUCCCCACAGAGAAGGAAAGAGGAGGCACGAAGGGGAAGGGAAUAAGACGGAGAUGAGAAGCAGGGAGGUGACAGUUCACCACAGAGAACAUCUGCAGCUGUAUGACCACGAUGGUGUCGAAGACAGCUCCUCGCCUAUUUACGAGGAGUACAGAGAGGAUAGCCAUGACCCCGAGCCAAAUGAAGACUCGGAGAGUCUUUAUGACACUCUACCCCCAACUCGGCGAGCCUACGAGGGAUAUCCGUCAAGCCCACCGGGCCUCAACUUGCACCCGGCUCAGCUGAUGCCCCCUUUGAGGGCCUGGGAUUUACAGGAAGAGCAAUGGAGGGGAUCACUGGAUGAACAGGAGAGACGCGGCUCUGCCGGUCUGACUGGUUCUGGAGACGAGCUAGAGAGACUGCUGAACCUGGUGUCACUGAGAGCCAGGAGAGCUACGCGGACAAAUAGAACCUCCACCGGAUCCGAGCCCACAACAAGCUGGGACGGGUGCAAAUGAACCAUUAAGCAGACGGUUUAAAGCGUAUUUAAAGCAUUUAUUAAUCCUUCAUAAUUAACAAAGAGGCAGUGAUUCUCUCUGACUUUACUUUGCAUUUAUAGUACAACACCUUUGCUGCAGCAUCUAAAAAUAAUUGUACAAGAAUAUAAAAAAAAAAAACACACACACAUGCCUCUAUUAUGCUUAUCCCGGUGUAAACAAGCACUAAUCCACCACCAAUCCCCAGGAUCUUCGAUAAGCUGCAGGAAUCAGAGGAAAUUCAUGUGUUCUCUUGACGCCUUCACCUGUGCCGCAUGAGAGUCGGCCGCGAUUGGCUGCGAAUCAAAGCUGUUACAUUUAUUAUUUAGAGCCACUGAAGCAGUGCGUUCGGAGCCUGUCUGUUUCUUUUUUGGGAUGAUACCGACGUAUGUCUACUUGUUGUUGUGCGCUUCGUACAUUGUCUUUCCAUCAGAUCCCACACAUGCAGCCCUACAAACAGACCCAAUCACUUUGUGAACUCAGCAUUGUAUUUCUUGGAGCUUUUAUUAUUUUCCCUGGCACAUGCGUGUGGGUUUCUCUGGGUCGUUUUGGAAAAAAAGCUCUUCACCCACGUCCUACAGACAGCCUGAGAGAUGCUAUUAAGACUGCCAACAAUGAUACGCUGGGGAUUUCUGCUUAAUCAUUCAAUUAUUCUAUGAAUAUUUAUUUGAUAACUACUCAUUUGUGAGAGCCUCUUUCAUGUACACAUCAUGGGUACAUUUUAUUAUGUAUUUUUAGUUUUUUUGCUAAGAAUUCUGGUCCACUAUCUUUCCUUGAUUUGCAUUUAUGUAUGAAAAUGAAUGCUCUCUGUCGACUGCCAUUUAAUAUUUAAUAUGUAUGAUUUGGUAAUCAGUAUAAAGUGACUCUCAAAAGCUUUCAGACUCUCCCUGAACAUGCCAUCCUAACACAACGGUGGUGGUAUCAUGCUGUGGGAAGGCUUUUCUUCAGCACUGGCUGGGAACUGGUCAGAGUUUCCUGGAAAGAUGGAUUGUGCUAAAUGCAAUGAAGACGUUCCUGACAUGUCUUCUUCCAGGAAGAGGCCGAUGGGUCACCUCCCAGCAGAACAAUGAGGUUAAACGUGCAAUGUUUUAGAUUGAAGAACAGUAUGAUGGUCCAAAGUCUAGAGCUGAAUAGAGUUCAACAUUUAAAGCAGGAAUUAAAAUCUCUGCUGUGUACACAAUCUGACUGAGCUUGAUCCUUUUUUUUUUUGGGAAAAGAAUGAGAUGACGAAACGUUUAUUCCCUAAAUGUGCAAAGCUGGUGGAGAUAAAGCCCUAAAGACAUGCAGGCUUCAUUGCUGUGAUAAGUAGCUGAGUCAGAAGGCCUUGAAUACAAAGGCCUGCCUUACUUUUAUCUUUAAGAUUAUUAGAAAGCCAUGUAUCUUUUUUUUCUUCUCUCUCUCCACAACUUUGCACUACUUUGUGCCGGUUCAUCUCAUCAAAUCCCUAGAAAACCCAUUGAAAUGUGUGAUUGUACCAUUAAAAAAUAUGAUAAUGUUCAAUAUAUACGACUACUUUUGCAAGUCACUGUGUAAUACAGGACUGUCUCAGAAAAUUAGA